AUGACUUUAGGACCUUUUGGACACAUCAGAGGAAAGGAUUUUUUAUGCGUCCAAUCGCUCGAUGGAAAUCUAGUCUUCUAUGAACAGGAAAGCCUAGCGUUUAAUAGGUUUCUUCCCAACUCUUUACUUCCCGGUGCGAUGAUAUACAUACCACAUAGCGACUCAUUUAUUGUGGCCACACCUUUGUGGACAAUUGAAAGCUACAGAUACCAAGUGCUAGCCAUCGCUAAUAGCGAUGACAAUACAAACGCAAACAGCGGUACAAACAAUGUUCACGUGAAGGGCAGAAAAGUGACACCCGAUUGGAGCUUAUCUUUAGGCGAAUCCGUAAUCGACAUGAAAGCGAUUUUACUUGAGAAAUCAAAUUAUUAUAUAAUAGUUUUGGGCGAAAGAAAUCUCUACUCUCUGAAGGAAAACGGGAGCAUUUGGUUCAUGAAGAAGCUGGAGUUCAACCCGACCUGUUUGACCGCCUAUGCCAACGACACCAACGACGCGAUCAUAUCGUUGAUCGUGACGGACGUGUCCACACUCAUCAUCUACAGCAACGACCGGGCGAUGUGGGCCACGCAACUGCCCUUCACGCCCAUCGCCAUCCAACGGGCCUUCUUUGCCAACCUGACCGGCGCCGUCGUGUGUCUCUCGGACGAGGGACUCGUGUGUUGCGGAUAUUUGGGAACCAAUCCGUCCAUUAAGAUAGUGUCGGUGCCCAACAUUCACAGUCAAUUCAAUUACACGGAAUCGGAGACAGAAUUGCAAGAAUUGCGAACAAUUAUCAAUUCACACAACUUGGAGGGCAAUAAAAUGGACACAACAGUGGUCCGCAAUGAUGUGACAAUAAAUAUCACUGACGUUCAGACCAUCUCCGGCGUCAUGAACUCCAAGAUAUCAAAUCCGUUGUUCAAAAUCACGAUUCAAUUGCAAACGACGAGUACAGCAAACAAUGUGCGGUUAGCGCUGGAAAUGCAUAACUCAUUGGUAUCCGAACCCAAUAUCAUCACAAUUUCGUCCAUUAGUAACACGUCGGAGCCGACGCUCAACGAAAUUGUCAUUUACAAGAAUAACCUACUGUUCCCCGCAUCGACUAAAGUGGACCUCAUUGUCAACUACACCAAUGAGGACGACGAGCACCUGGUGGCCAGACAUAAAUUGCUGGAUUUACAGACACGUCUGGCCGACAGUGCCACACAAUUCCGGGCCAUUCAGAAGCGUUUGCUAAUUAAGCUAAAAGACCGAAACCCAACGCCUUUAAACAAUUUGGAGACUUUGCUGAAAGUAUCGCAAACUCAGAUCAAUAGUUUUGCGGACAAAUUAAUAAAAGCGACGAAUGACGUGAACAACAAGAGCUCGCAUUUAAGUUGUGCCGUAAAUCUAAUCUUCAAUUUGCUGGUCAUCUCAAAGGGCACGCAAACCGACUCAUUGAAAGCCAUUCACUCUAUUCUUACGAAUUAUAUUUCUCAUGAUAUCGAAGAGGGUUGGGAAGAGAGGACUGAAUUGUGUUUAAUGACUGUACUCGAGAGCUAUGGCAAAGACGUGGCGAACGCCACGAAAAUCAAUGAACAGCUGACUAUACCCGAGACCAGCGAUACCAUCAAACGACUCAUCAAUAUAUUAGUGAAUCGUAUCUUCAAAGGCGAAAACCUCAGCAAUAAAGACAUGACUCGUGAGAUGAAAACCAAUAGAAAUUUUACGCAAAACUCAAUCAUCAAUGAAGAGGAGGAAUAUACGGAACAACUUAAUCAGAAUUUGGACCAAUUGGUGGUCAAUCUGAACGAUUGCAUUGCCAUUAAUGCCAUCAAUAAUAAGUCAGUUGAUAGUCCCGACGGAAACCAAUAUUUUCAGAGCAAUCAUCAGAUUAUAGGCAUAAUCGACGGCAACCCUAACGAAACCAAAGUGAUUGCCGCCAAUGAGUUGAGCGCAGGCUUUGACGACUUGAACACAUUUCUGGCGACUUCUUUGUCACCCAAUCAGACACAGGAAUGCGAUGCAAAUGAAGCCAAGAGUUGGCUCAACGACAGUCUCAUUGCAUACCGAGCUAUGGCUGCGUUCAAGAAAGUUAUGCCAAACGACACGCCGAGUCCCACGAGUGAUUUAUUCAAAGACUGGUGGAGUGUCCAGUCGGCUAAUGGCGAACACUUCGGCCAUUAUUCUCUUUGUGUGGCUAAUAUAGACAAUUCCAUCAGCGGUUCUGCCACUGCUGGAGUGACAGAACACGGAUCUGCUUAUAAUAUACUCUUAAUAUACGAGCAUUUGUUGCAAAGAAGUGCCUUUAAUAUGACUUUAGGACCUUUUGGACACAUCAGAGGAAAGGAUUUUUUAUGCGUCCAAUCGCUCGAUGGAAAUCUAGUCUUCUAUGAACAGGAAAGCCUAGCGUUUAAUAGGUUUCUUCCCAACUCUUUACUUCCCGGUGCGAUGAUAUACAUACCACAUAGCGACUCAUUUAUUGUGGCCACACCUUUGUGGACAAUUGAAAGCUACAGAUACCAAGUGCUAGCCAUCGCUAAUAGCGAUGACAAUACAAACGCAAACAGCGGUACAAACAAUGUUCACGUGAAGGGCAGAAAAGUGACACCCGAUUGGAGCUUAUCUUUAGGCGAAUCCGUAAUCGACAUGAAAGCGAUUUUACUUGAGAAAUCAAAUUAUUAUAUAAUAGUUUUGGGCGAAAGAAAUCUCUACUCUCUGAAGGAAAACGGGAGCAUUUGGUUCAUGAAGAAGCUGGAGUUCAACCCGACCUGUUUGACCGCCUAUGCCAACGACACCAACGACUCGAUCAUAUCGUUGAUCGUGACGGACGUGUCCACACUCAUCAUCUACAGCAACGACCGGGCGAUGUGGGCCACGCAACUGCCCUUCACGCCCAUCGCCAUCCAACGGGCCUUCUUUGCCAACCUGAUGGGCGCCGUCGUGUGUCUCUCGGACGAGGGGCUCGUGUGUUGCGGAUAUUUGGGAACCAAUCCGUCCAUAAAGAUAGUGUCGGUGCCCAACAUUCACAGUCAAUUCAAUUACACGGAAUCGGAGACAGAAUUGCAAGAAUUGCGAACAAUUAUCAAUUCACACAACUUGGAGGGCAAUAAAAUGGACACAACAGUGGUCCGCAAUGAUGUGACAAUAAAUAUCACUGACGUUCAGACCAUCUCCGGCGUCAUGAACUCCAAGAUAUCAAAUCCGUUGUUCAAAAUCACGAUUCAAUUGCAAACGACGAGUACAGCAAACAAUGUGCGGUUAGCGCUGGAAAUGCAUAACUCAUUGGUGUCCGAACCCAAUAUCAUCACAAUUCCGUCCAUUAGUAACACGUCGGAGCCGGCGCUCAACGAAAUUGUCAUUUACAAGAAUAACCUACUGUUCCCCGCGUCGACUAAAGUGGACCUCAUUGUCAACUACACCAAUGAGGACGACGAGCACCUGGUGGCCAGACAUAAAUUGCUGGAUUUACAGACACGUCUGGCCGACAGUGCCACACAAUUCCGGGCCAUUCAGAAGCGUUUGCUAAUUAAGCUAAAAGACCGAAACCCAACGCCUUUAAACAAUUUGGAGACUUUGCUGAAAGUAUCGCAAACUCAGAUCAAUAGUUUUGCGGACAAAUUAAUAAAAGCGACGAAUGACGUGAACAACAAGAGCUCGCAUUUAAGUUGUGCCGUAAAUCUAAUCUUCAAUUUGCUGGUCAUCUCAAAGGGCACGCAAACCGACUCAUUGAAAGCCAUUCACUCUAUUCUUACGAAUUAUAUUUCUCAUGAUAUCGAAGAGGGUUGGGAAGAGAGGACUGAAUUGUGUUUAAUGACUGUACUCGAGAGCUAUGGCAAAGACGUGGCGAACGCCACGAAAAUCAACGAACAGCUGACUAUACCCGAGACCAGCGAUACCAUCAAACGACUCAUCAAUAUAUUAGUGAAUCGUAUAUUCAAAGGCGAAAACCUCAACAAUAGAGACAUGACUCGUGAGAUGAAAACCAAUAGAAAUUUCACGCAAAACUCAAUCAUCAAUGAAGAGGAGGAAUAUACGGAACAACUGUCUGGUGACGAGUGA